AUGGCAGCAGCCGUGGCGCUCCCCAGCUCCGCCACCGCCGGCCCCGCCAACCCCGCCCCCUCCUCGACCGCCCCCGCGCCGGCCGGCCAGAAAGCCGCCCCCGCCUCGCGCACCCCUGCCGAGCCCCGGAGGGUCCGCUUCAACGUCGGCUCAAAAUACCACGUCAUGGACGUCAUCGGCGAGGGCGCCUACGGCGUCGUCUGCUCCGCCGUCCAUCGGCCCACCGGCCAAAAAGUCGCCAUCAAGAAGAUCACCCCGUUCGAUCACUCCAUGUUCUGUCUGCGCACGCUCCGCGAACUCAAACUGCUCAAAUACUUUCAGGAACAAAACGUGUCGGAAAACAUCAUCUCGAUCGUCGACAUCAUCCGUCCGCCCACCAUCGAGGCCUUCAAGGAGGUAUACUUGAUCCAGGAGUUGAUGGAGACGGACAUGCACCGGGUGAUCCGGACGCAGGACCUCUCGGACGACCAUUGCCAGUACUUCAUCUACCAGACCCUGCGCGCGCUCAAGGCGCUCCACUCCGCCGACGUCAUCCACCGCGACCUCAAGCCGUCCAACCUGCUCCUGAACGCUAACUGCGACCUCAAGGUGUGCGACUUCGGCCUCGCACGCUCCGUCCGCACCGCCGAGCAGGAGACCGGCUUCAUGACCGAAUACGUCGCCACCCGCUGGUACCGCGCCCCCGAGAUCAUGCUCACGUUCAAGCAGUACACCAAGGCCAUCGACGUCUGGUCCGUCGGCUGCAUCCUCGCCGAGAUGCUCUCGGGCCGGCCGCUGUUCCCGGGGCGCGACUACCACCACCAGCUGACGCUGAUCCUGGACGUGUUGGGGACGCCGACGCUGGACGAGUUCUAUGCGAUCAACUCGCGCCGGUCGCGGGACUACAUCCGGGCGCUCCCGUUCCGCAAGAAGCGCGCCUUCGCCGCCUUGUACCCCAAUGCGACCCCGCUCGCCAUCGACUUCCUCGCCAAGACGCUCACCUUCGACCCCAAGAAACGCCUCGACGUCCAGCAGGCCCUCCAGCACCCCUACCUCGAGGCCUACCACGACCCCGACGACGAGCCCGUCGCGCCCCCCCUCGACGAGGACUUCUUCGCCUUCGACCGCCAGAAGGACGAGAUCAGUAAGGAGGAGCUCAAGCAGCUCCUCUUCGACGAGAUCGCCAGCUUCCAUUCCACCGCCUAG